UCUCAAACCCAAAAAUCCCCAAUCUUUACUUACCCACCCCCUCUCUCUCUCUCUCUAUCGCGAUCGACGGCGAGCGGCGUCGGAGCAGCUUCGUCAAUUACCCUAUCCCUCAAUUACCCUUAUUCUUCUACUCACCCCAAACCCACUUCAUCACUCAGGUCUCUAAGCUUCUCUUCCACCACUUGUCACAAUGUCUUCUCCACAGGUUUGAUUUCGAUGAGCCCUAUUGUGAGGCCGACUCGUCACUCGAUUAUUUGCGAGGAUGCUCCGAAUAAGAAGGCCGAUUCGGCUGCGAAGAGAGCUCGUCAAGCAGAGAAGAGGCGUGUCUACAACAAAGCUCGGAAAUCCGAGGUCAAGACUCGGAUGAAGAAGCUGAAUAUAUUCCUGGACGGACUGAUGUCCAGUGCUUGCAUCGUUGGCAGAAGGUUCUUAAUCCUGAACUCGUCAAAGGACCUUGGACAAAGGAGGAGGAUGAUUGCAUAAUUGGAUUAGUUGAGAAGUAUGGUUGUAAGAAAUGGUCUGCUAUUGCAAAGUUCUUACCAGGUCGAAUAGGCAAGCAGUGCCGAGAAAGGU